AACUAGUGUUACCAUGGUAAUAGAAAACAUAUGGUGUCAAUUGUUGUCAUAAGCCAUUUUUCAUUUUACUGCUGGUUUAAGCCUAAAUCUGGAUUUACCAAUUUUUCAUCGUAAAAAUGUCUUCUUCAGGUUCUGGUAAAACUUCUCGGGAAAAGAAGUUCCUUUUGAAAGAGUAUUACAAACCCGAAGAAAUGAUUCCUGAGAAUGGAAGUAUUGAUAUUGGUGACCUAUUCAAUGUCAAUAGUCCUGAUUUUAAUGCUGACCUAUAUUUGAGCAAACUUCUUAAAGAAUGCAAUAUUUCUCAAUUAAUGGACAAAGAAGAUGUAUUGCGUCGACAGAUUCAGAGCCUUGACAAUGAGAUGCAAACUUUGGUCUAUGAAAAUUACAACAAGUUCAUCAAUGCUACUCAAACAAUAAAAAAGAUGAGUAAUCAUUUUGAUAAAAUGGAAGAACAAUUAGCAGAGCUAUCAUCUAAUAUGGAAAAGAUAACAGUUUCAAGCGAAGAAAUUUCAAAAAAUUUGGCCACUCGUCGUCAAGAUUUGUCUAAAUUAUCUGCUACCGAUGGUGUUUUAAAGAAACUUCAAUUUCUUUUUGACCUCCCGCCUAAGAUGAAAACGUACAUCGAAGAAAAAAAAUUUGACGAAGCCAUUGCUGCUUAUAAUCAAGCAGUUGGAACUCUCUCAAGGUAUUCACAUUUUCCAUCAAUUGAAGCCAUCGAUCAUGAAUGUGAACAAAUUCUAGAUAAAUUGAGACAAGAAUUGUAUAAUCAACUCCAAGACAGUGACAUCAACACCCAGCAACUUGCAAUUACCAUCAACCUCUUGUUAGGUCUUAAAGAAUCACCUUUACAACUUUCAUCUGCUUUCCUUGAAACAUCAAAGAAGGCAUUAAAUGUUAAUUUAGCUGAACUUGAAAAAGAGACAAAUAAUUUUAUUCAACAACAAAAGUCAACGUCUGAGGAUAUUCAAAAAAUGGAUAUACUCGAAUACAUGGAUGUGGCCUCGAAUGGUUUUGCCAGUAAUUUAUCAGCUAUAAUUACCUCUUACAAGGAAAUUUUCAUCCAGAAGCUUGCUCUGAAUGAUAGUGUUGAUGAAAAUCAUUUGAUCGAUAACUUGAAAACUUUUGUCAAUACAUUGAUGGAAUCUUUCUUUAGUCAAAUCAAAACUCGCUUGUCAAUAGAACCCUUCAACACUCUAGAGAUAGCAUUUUUUGUGCGCUCAUUGGAUCGUUUAUAUCGACGUCUUCAGGCUUUGUCUAAUAUAUUCGGGUAUCAAAAUUUCACCAGUGAUGCAUUCAAUAUUAUUUGGGACUCAAGUGCAGCUCAAUGCUCUAAAGCAUUGGAACUUUCUAAAACUAAAUUCCACGAAGAACUGGUCAACGCUCGUCAUGCAAUUGUCAGUUUAACAUCACACGAAGCUGAGGACAAAACAUCAUUAUCUGAUAUUGUUGUUUCGUUGGAGACUUCAUUAAGUGAAUCAAUUAAGAACACUGUUAAAAGUUUGAGUGUUUUCUCAGCUCCAGAUCUAUCAUUUUUAAUUAAAACCAAUUUUCGUGAUGAUUUCAUCCUUGAUGUUAGAGAAAAAGUGGUUGCUUCGAUGCUUAAACAUGUAAUCUCACUUUCAUCGGAACAUCAGCGAGCUAAUUCAUCUGGAACUCCACUUUUAGUUCUUUUACUUUCCCGUCUCAACUUAGAUUUGGACCUUACCAUGAUCAGCUAUUUAAUCAAUUUUACUGAAGAGCAACUAUACAUUUCUCGUGAUAUGAAACCCUACCCUCACCUCACCGAACUCAAGCAAGCAGCUAAAGAUUGUGCUCAAAAUUUAAUCAAUAACUAUGUGCGACUGGAAGGGCAUAGUUUAUCUCAAAUGAUUAAAAAGUCAAUAGAAACAAGAGACUGGUCCAGUGGAGUUGAGCCGCGUUCAGUAAGAUCUGUGAUGAAAAGAGUAGUCGAGGAUGUUUCACUAAUUGAUAGUCAAGUGGCCCAACUGUAUGAGGAAGGAUCAAGGACUGAAAGGAGUUCAGACUCAAGUAGAAGUCGUAAUGCUAUGAGUGGAAUUGGACUUCCCUCUUCUAGAUCAUAUAGUCGAUCCAACUGGAGUUCAUAUGGUGCAAGCACUAUUGACAAUAGUUUGAUAAGCAAUAUUCAAAAACUAUUUGGAGAGCGAAUCGAAAUUUUCAGCUUAGUCGAGUUUUCAAAGCUAUCCAUUGUUACGGGAAUUAUCAAAAUAGGACUAAAGACAUUCCUCGAAUCAGUUCGCCUUUGUACAUUCAGUACAUUUGGAUUACAGCAGGUCCAAGUUGAUUUGUAUUAUCUUCAAACUCAUUUAUGGCGUUUUGUCACAGAUGAAAAUUUGGUUCAUAGCAUGAUUGAUGAAGUUCUUAGGAGUACAAUAAAUCGAUGUGUUGAGCCUGUACUCAUGGAAAUGAGCAUAAUCGAGAGGUUGUGUGAUGGUCAAUAGUAUUUAUCCAAUAAAGUUAGUUAGUCAACAUUUUCAUUAAAAUUAAUAAAUAUUUUUGCUGUUAUUCUAUCACAAUUAUCAUUUUUUUCAAUGACAACCCACAUGUACAAAUGAGGAGUCCCGCUAAUUUAAAUACAAAACACAAAUUCAUGGAGAAAUAUAUGACGAAUACAUCAAUCUGUUAAUCAUAACUGAACAAUAUCAUUGGAUACUUCCCAUUCCAGUCUAAUCUUUCAAUAUAAAUAUCUAGAUAAAUUUUUCUUUACUGUUGUAAAUACUUUAACCAAUAUCUUGAUACAUUUCGUUUACACAAGUAAACAAAUUCACAGACAUGACCAUUCCAAUGUAACAUGUAUUUUCUGCGAAAACGAAAAAAUUGAAACUAAUGAAAAUCAGAAAUAAUAAUAAUUAUAUCUUA